GCUUCCCCGCGCAGUCGCCGGCCGUCGCCUCCCGUGGUUGCGGCGAUCCCGGCCCGCGAGCGUCACGGCCCUGCUCGCUCCCUCCACCCUCCGGAGCUGCGCCACACGGGCGCCGCGGCUGCUGCAGCGGGGGAAACAGAAACCAACGCCGGCUGCCUCACGCCGCCCCGUCCGCCCGCUGCCCCGGGGCCGCGCAGCCGCCGCCGCGCACCAGCCGGGCGCGGGGAGCGCGGGCGCCGGGUCCCGGGUCUCCGGGCGCUGCUGCGGCGGCCUGGGCAGCGGCUGCGCCCCCCUUGCAGUUUUGUCGCCGGCCCGCGCAGCCUGGCCGGCCGUGAGCGGCGCGCAGAAUGGGCAGAUGCUGCUUCUACACGGUGGGGACGCUGUCCCUGCUCCUGCUGGUGACCAGCGUCACGUUGCUGGUGGCCCGAGUCUUCCAGAAGGCCGUGGACCAGACGAUCGAGAAGAAUAUUGUUUUAAGAAAUGGCACUGAGGUCUUUGACUCCUGGGAGAAGCCCCCUCUGCCUGUGUACACCCAGUUCUAUUUCUUCAAUGUCACCAAUCCAGAGGAGAUCCUCAGAGGGGAGACCCCUCGGCUGGAAGAAGUGGGUCCAUACACCUACAGGGAACUCAGAAACAAAGCAAAUGUUCAAUUUGGAGAUAAUGGAACAACAAUAUCCGCUGUUAGCAACAAGGCCUAUGUUUUUGAACGAAACAAAUCUGUUGGAGACCCUAAAAUUGACUUAAUUAGAACAUUAAAUAUUCCUGUUUUGACCCUCAUAGAAUGGGUGCAGGUCAGUUUCCUCAAGCAGAUCAUCGAGGCCUUGCUGAGAGCCUAUCAGCAGAAUCUCUUCAUGACUCACACAGUCGACGAGUUGCUCUGGGGCUACAAAGAUGAGAUCUUGUCCCUCAUCCAUAUUUUCAGACCUGACAUCUCUCCCUAUUUUGGCCUAUUCUAUGGGAAAAAUGGAACUAAUGAUGGAGACUAUGUUUUUCUAACUGGAGAAGACAAUUACCUUAACUUUACAAAGAUUGUUGAAUGGAAUGGAAAAACGUCACUUGACUGGUGGGCCACAGACAGGUGCAACAUGAUUAAUGGAACAGAUGGAGAUUCUUUUCAUCCAUUAAUAACCAAAGAUGAAGUCCUUUAUAUCUUCCCAUCUGAUUUUUGCAGGUCAGUGUAUAUAACUUUCAGUGACUUUGAGAGUGUACAGGGACUGCCUGCUUUCCGGUAUAAGGUGCCUGCAGAAAUAUUAGCCAAUACCUCAGACAAUGCCGGCUUCUGCCUCCCUGAAGGAAACUGCCUGGGCUCAGGAGUUUUGAAUGUUAGCAUCUGCAAGAAUGGUGCACCCAUUAUUAUGUCUUUCCCACACUUUUACCAAGCAGAUGAGAGGUUUGUUUCUGCCAUAGAUGGCAUGCAUCCAAAUAAAGAAGAUCAUGAGACAUUUGUGGACAUUAAUCCUUUGACUGGAAUUAUCCUAAGAGCAGCCAAGAGGCUCCAAAUCAACAUUUAUGUGAAAAAAUUAGAUGAUUUUGUUGAAACAGGAGACAUUAGAACUAUGGUUUUCCCAGUGAUGUAUCUCAAUGAGAGUGUUUUAAUUGAUAAAGAGACUGCGAGUCGACUCAAGUCUGUGAUUAACACUACUUUGAUUGUCACCAACAUACCCUACAUCAUCAUGGCACUAGGUGUGUUCUUUGGCUUGAUCUUCACCUGGCUUGUGUGCAGAGGGCAGCAGGGAUCCAUGGAUGAGGGAACGGCAGAUGAAAGAGCGCCCCUCAUACGAACCUAACUAUCAUCUGAGCUUGCUGAAGGGAGCGUGGGAGCUGUCCGGACUCGGACCGUAACGUGGGAAACCCUCUGCGUCCUCACAGGCGUGUUGCCUGUUGGAAGGAGGGAAAAGGCACAGUGCUGGCAAGUGAUGAGGGCGUCCCAGCCAGAGGUUAAAGAGCAGGCUGACAUGGCUGGCUGUUAUGCUUUAUAAAAUCAUGUGGUCUCUGAAACUGUUUUUUCAUGUUUAUUUAAUAAACACUUGUAUAGUAAUUGUUUUUGUUGGGUGCUGGUAGCUCCAAAAUUUUGACCACUAUUGUAGGUAUAAUGUCUCUGCAUCACUUGUUAAUGUUACUUGGUCUUUUAUUCAGUAUGCUUCUUUCACUGAAUUUUGUGCUCAAAAUACACAGAUACCAUUUUAUGUUGUAUUCCUCCAUUUCACUUCCAAAACAGAAGUAAAUAAGAGUUUGGAACCCAGGAGAAAAUGGUAUCCUCAUUCAAUACAUUAUUCAAAUGCAUCUGAUUUCCUCUUUUAAAACAUUGCAUAUUGCAUUUCAAGCUAAUCUUCAGUUCAUUUUCCUUUAGGAAAAUAACUCAGACUUCCGACUACUUUUAUAUUAUGUAGGGAUCAAGCAAGGAGGGGAUUGGGUGGGGUGGUGCCCUUAAGUUGAUAGUGAUAAGCUCCUAAUGAUUUUUAACUUGUAUUUUGUGAACCAGGAGAACGUAUAAAUAAUGUUGGUGAGGAUAAGUACAGAUAUUCCAUAUAGAGUAGAACUAAAUGCUAGUUAUGACACUUGUUGUUAGUUAACUGUUAUUUUUUAGUCAAAAUGAUCUUGAUGUGAAAAGAUGCUUCUGGGAGAGUGUAAUCAGUAACUGAUUUUUCCCCCAGUCACCUCUGCCAAGUAUGAUACUGUAUUAAUUACAAUACCAUAGACUGAUUAUUUGUAAAAUUAUGAAUAUAGGAAAUCUAUCCAUCCACAGCCUAGGUUACGCAUAAAGUUCAGGCAGAUUGUCUACAGUAAAGAGACAUUUCUUCUGGAGCAGUUUCCUUGUUAACUUUGAAAUAUUUUUAUAAGUUCUUUCCUCAGAUCCAGUUCCUUUCAGCCUUUUGUGGCUCACUGUCACUUCCUGAAAAAUAGAGAAAAAUUUGCUUUACACUUUCUGUGACAAUCGUUUUGCUGACAGAUGGACGGGUGUUUAAAGUAUUGUACAGAAAGUGCUUUUAAAGAAAGGUCCCCUGGUGCCAGAAGCUGAACCACCUCUCUUUAAAAGACUUCUUGGCUUUCAGUGUAAUGUAAGUUAGAGGAUUGGGAACUAUUGAAUGUCACAGUGUUCAGAAUUCAAUAUAUUUAAGGGCAUUUUCUUUGAUUGUCACAUUCACCAUUCAUUUUUAAUUGAGAAAGCUAUAUAGCUAUCUGUCAAAGUGCUUAUAGAAUACUGAAUCAUUCUAAGAAAUUUUUUGUAUAAAACUGAAUUUCAGUGUAAGCAAAUGAAGAAAAAAAAUCAUGGCUUCCACUUACAUAGCUUCUGAUCCCUGUAUGGAGGUGAUAAAUUGCUUUAAUUUACAUGCCCCAAUUCUUUCUCUCUACACUAAAGCAAUAUAUGGUGUGUUUAUCUUCUUGAAGGAACAAUUCAUUAAGCUCUCAACUUUUCUAUAAAUUGAGAUAGAACCUUUACAUACCCUGAAUCAGCAAAAUGUAAAAAACAAAAUAAAAAAUAUUUGGUCUUCAAUAAUGCUAAAUAUUUAAAUUUUUGAAAUUUAUUAAUACUUAACAUCUUAUUCUUUAUGCAUCUACUUAUUCACACUAAUAAAAUUGAUAAGACAGUGUGUACUCAUUGGUUCAGUCCUAUUAUCAGGAUAUAUCAUCUAUGAGGAGGAAAUUUUUAAAUAUGGCAAAUGGUAACAGUUAAUGAUGUAUACACAUUUAGAAUGAAUCCCACACAGGCAGGGAGACAAAACAUAUUAAUUCCAUAUUUAUGUCAUGAUUCUUAAUACGUGGCUUGCUUAAAAUCACAUUUGAUAUUUUCCUUCUGAAGUCUGUGGUAAAUCUGUAAACUGCAGUCACAAUUAGAAUAGACUGGUUGAGAAGAAUGAAUGUACCUAUGUGGUUUUGGGUUGAAAAUAAACUUUUCCUCACGCUCAUUCUCUUGCAGCUAUUAUCCUGGAAAGACCCCCAAAGGUUUUGUGAUUGUCAGGACUGUCAUGAUCACAGAAUGCAGGCACCAUGAUACUCAGAGGGGGAGAAACCAAGAGAGUGCUUAACUCACCUCUCUCAGGGAAAAUUGGGAGUUGAGCACAGUACAGGAAAUGGGCUUUGCCACUUUUAGUUCCAGGCUUUUCUCAGUAGAUUUAAUAUCCUUGUGUUCUAGAAAGAUCACUAAUGGUCAAGUAGAACAAGUUCUACCCAACUAACCCCUAUUGGGGUUUUUACUUAAGGGAGGCUAAUUUUUAAUUUAAAUUGCUCGAGAUAUGCAUUCUACAAAAAAGUCUCAUACUUGGCCCUCUGGCCAUUAUUACUAGAGUAAAUUGCUUGUGCUUAUGAAAGGGAAUACUGACCAGAAAGCUCUUCAUGUAGCUUAUACAGUUGGUGCAUUUCAUGUGAUUCUUGACAUGUUUACUUCUACCCUUAAUGCAAUGAAAUGUUUCACUAAUAAAAAAAACUUUAUAUAAAAUUGCA